AUGAGUUCAAAAGUUGCACCAUUUCUUUCCGCCAUUUCAGCUCGUAGAAGUAUCUAUGCUCUGAAACCAGAACUGCCUUCUAACAUUGGGAUUAAAGAUGUACAAGAAACUGUGCAAACGAUAAUCAAAGAGACACCAACUUCUUUCAAUUCGCAGACGAAUCGUGCAUUGAUUCUCACUGGCGACGUUCACAAGAAGGUCUGGGAUAGUGUCCUCAACAGCAUCGAGGGUGAUAGCGGUAAGAAAAGACCAACUUCUAUUAGAGACGAGGCAUAUGGGACAGUUGUGUUCUUAGUGAAUGACGAAACAACCAAGGCUUUCCAAGAGCAGUUCCCAAUUUAUGCUUCUUAUUUUCCACCUUUCGCCGAACAUUCCACAGGUGCUGCUCAAAUUUCAAGUUGGACUGCAUUGGAACUUUUAGGUCUAGGCGCACACUUGCAACACUACAAUGAUGCUGUUAAAGCUGCUUUGCCAGCGGGUACUGUCCCUGAUACGUGGUCUGUGCACGCCCAGCUAGUUUUUGGUGCUCCAGUAGCGCCUGCAACGGAGAAAACAUAUAUCGAGAAUCCUGUUAAGAUCCUUGAAUAA